CCCAGAUUGCCUUCUGUCUUGCUCCUUUCUUACCUCACCUUCUUAGUCGCCGCCACAGCGUUCAGCUUUUCCACUUGCCGCGCCGAUCGCACUAGAAACGACCAAGCUAGGCACGUCAUCGACACCAUGUCCAUCACCGCAUCCAAAGCGGCGUCUCGAUUGUUCGUUGGCAAGCUACAGCCAGAAAGCACGGCGCUUCUGCUUUGUGAUAUGCAGGAACGGUUCCGUCCCUUGAUACACAACAUGGAAACCGUAGUCAACACCUGUCGCUACAUGACUUCCGUCGGAAAAGCUCUCAACGUACCGGUUCUCGCGACACAGCAGUAUACCAAAGUCUUUGGUGAGACCGUUCCCGACUGUUUCGCCGACCCGCAAGACCUGCAAACAAUACCUAACUUCGACAAAAAGAAAUUUAGCAUGUUGACGGAAGACGUCGACAGGGUCUUGGACGAGUGGAAAAAAGACACGUACAUUAUUAUGGGUAUUGAAGCACACGUAUGCGUCCAGCAGACUUGUCUAGAUUUAUUGGAACGUGGAGCGAACGUGCAUGUGAUUGCCGACGCCGUCAGUUCGCAGCAGGCCUACGAUCGGGAAAUUGCUCUGCAACGCCUCCAAGCGGCGGGAUGCUUUUUGACGACGGCCCAAUCGGCCGCCUUUAUGCUCCUGCAGUCGGCGGAUCAUUCAAAUUUCAAGGCCGUCAGCAAACUGACGGUGGAGCAUAUGAAGCUGCCGAACGAAUUCAAUCUUGCGCUUACGAAGUAGCGCUAAAGCUUGCGCACUACCUAUGCACUUACACAAUCAACGAAUAGCUCUAGCUACUUACAAAGCAUCAUUUUCUUAAGUGUUUCCCUUCUUUUGCAUGGCUUGAAUAACUAAUGAAAAUUCAUCUAGCCGA